AUGGAUAUUGAUGGAGAACCAUCCAUAGCCUCUUCUUCUUCUGUGGCUACCUCAAAUGCCACUGCACCAAUGACACCUCCACCACCUCCACCCCCUCCACCUAUGCCUCCUCCACCCCCUCCACCUGGCCCCCUCCUUGGUGGAGGGCAGAUUUCGAAAGUGGCUCGGCGUAUGUCUAAGCUACGCAACUUCAACUGGGAAGCUAUACCCCACCACACUGUGCUUGGCAAACGCAACAUAUGGACAGCAGAGAAGAAGCGAGACUAUGAGUUGGACACCAAAUAUAUGGAAGAGUUGUUCAGUCGCAGUGACCAAGGCAAGCUGCCGCAGAAACAGCUCUCCUUACGCAGGAGCCUGCAAGGCACACCAGCCAACUCCCAAGUGCCGGAAGUGGUGUCCAUCCUCAACUCGAAGAAAAACAUGAACAUUGGCAUUUUCCUCAAGCAGUUUAAGCGGUCAGUGAGUGGAAUGGUGGAGGACAUAAGCUGUGGUAAGGGGGAAGCAUUUGGGUCAGGGAAGCUGAAAGAGCUGUGUAAACUGCUGCCAGAGGAGGGAGGGGUGAGAGCAUUGCUUGCUUUCAACGGAGACCACACGACUCUGUCAGAUGCAGAUCUGUUCAUGGUGCAACUUGUGAGGGUCCCAAGCUAUGAGGAACGGCUGCGCAGUUUGGUUCUGAAGGAGGAAUUCUCCCAUUGCAUGGAUGAUGUAGAUAACUGCAUAGCCACUAUGACUGCCGCAGGCAGGGAGCUAUUGGAGUGCGUGGAUCUUCACUCCGUCAUCCGGUUGGUUCUGAAAACAGGAAACUACAUGAAUGCUGGUGGUUACGCAGGCGGGGCAGUUGGCUUUCGGAUAUCCUCUCUGCUGAAACUGGCAGACACCAAGGCUAACAAACCAGGAAUGAACCUCAUGCACUAUGUAGUGAUGGAAGCUCAGAGGACAGACACAGAACUGCUGAAGUUUCCAGAACAACUGAGACACAUUAGUGAUGCUGCAAGAAUCCACAAACAGGAAAUUGAAGCUGAAUUUCAGAGGAAAGUAAAGCAGGUUGAGGAAGUGAAAGCCAACACAGAGAAAGAAGCUGACCUUGCUCAUCAGAUGGAAGAUUUUCUUCAGCAUGCCGAAUCCAGGCUGGCCCAGACUCAGGCCUCCUUCCACACGCUUGACUCCCUCAUCCAGGAGGUGGCUGAGUACUUCUGUGAGGAGCCCGGCCAGUUCAGACUGGAGGAGUGCUGUUCCAUUUUCCACUCUGUCUGUGAGAAGUUCAAACGUGCCAUUCAGGAGAACCAUGAACGGGAAGUGGCAGAGGUCAGGAGACGUCAGCGGGAGAGGCUACACUGUGCUGCCAAACGCCGAUCCACUGCCACCUGCUCCUCACGAGAUAAAGACAUGGAGGGCGUGGCACUUGAGUCCGUCUUACAGAAGUUCCUCAGCAGCUCCGGCUCACGCCGACGAGCCGGCACCCCCUCACCAACAGGGGGCAGCCUCUCCGAGAUCACCUACAGAGAAAACUGUCCCACUCAGACCAGUCCAGACAAGGUCCCCGACACACAGAGAAACGGCUGGACUGACAGUGGUUCCCGCUCGUCUCUGGGCAAAGAGAACGUGGCAGAGAACAUCAACACGGCAACUGACGUUCAGACGUCCCAAAAAAAUGCCAGCAGGGAUUUGAUGGCUGUGAAGAGGGCCAGCAGUACCCCUAGUUCAGGCAGACAGCCUUCAGCCAAAGAGGGUGAGGAAGAGGACAAACAGACUGAGGAAGAGGUGCAGAAAAUGAGAGAGGUUUCCCGCAGAGUCUUGCGUUUUCAGAGUCGGUCCAGCGUCUCGUCUGGAGAAUCUUCCACACCCCUGACAUCACCUCAGCAGAAGGCUUUUCGGGAGGACAGGCAGACUUUACUGAUUGAGCCUGAGAAAGCUACUGAACCGAUACCCAGCCCACAUGCUCUACUCAAGACUACCAACAACCCCAUCAACCGCCGCCACACCGUUGCCUUCGCUACGCCCACGCAACAUGCAGACGACAACGAGGAAGACUCAUGGAUUCCCGCACACUUUGAAAGAGAUCCUGCCCCGUCUUUGGGGGCCAUUGGGAAGAUGAAGUCCGAGGAUGGCUACACGCCUUCCACAGAGUCAGGAACAUGGAACCAGGUCUCUGCAGCACAGCCAAGCAAGGUGGAAACUGAGGAAAAGAUGGUGGAUUCUUUCUUCAACAUGUGGCGUGGAAAUAUCUUUCAACGGCGUAACAUUCAGACUAUCACAGCCAGUAGCUCCAGAGAAAGUUCUGGUUUCAUGUCUUUCUUCAAACGCAAAGAGAAGUACAAGCCACAUGAGAAAGAAAGUGACGCUAGCAGUGUUGACCCUUGA